CAUGCAGUUUGGUACCAGUCUAGCCGCACGCCACACGCCGCUACGCCAUCUAUAUGGCUAUAUGACAAAUAUGGCUGCAGAGCGGGAAGAAGGAAAUGUUAUGAUUAUUCCAGAUGCAGAAUGCGCAGCAGGAAUGACCGUCAAGUGGGGAUUCGGCAAUAAAAUGUUAUUGUACGCCAGCCGUGGACCCUUGCCUCCUGAAACAGAUAAGCCAUACGGCGCGAAAGAUGUGCGUCUGCACGAACUGAAAUGGGACACAGUAAUGCACAGUUGUUUAGUGCGCCCCCUCGUCAAUGAAUCACACGCCAUUUUUAUGAGUCUUCAGUCAAAGCGGCUUGCAGUGGGAGAGACAGGAACACGGCCUGAGUUGGUAAAGUUCAGCAGAGGUUACCGUUCGGUGAUUCACGCUUGCAUACUCGAAUUGAAGAAGGCUGGAAACUCGACACUGGACGAAGAGGAGGCAGCGGAACAUGCAGCUCUGAGUUGCUUAUUCUACGAAACGGAUCUCGUCUGGAGCAUUUGUGAGAUAUUUUUCAUCGAGCAAACACCAGGUGGCGUGAUCCUGCCCAAGUUGUUGGAGUGGGUGCGCUGGCACUUUCACCGCGGAGAGCAGUUGCUGCAGGAACUACUGCAGUCGGUUCACGACGAGGAAAGUACGAUCAAACCAGAGCUUCACGAGAACUACUGGCCUGCUGUGUACAGCUUUGUGCUCCAGGGAAGAUUGGUGGAAGCCCGCAAGCUCUUGAGUCUACAUCUGAAAUACAAGUCAGAGCCAUUCCAGAGCAUGGGAGAGCUCCUGUGCAAAAUGCCCAUCUACAAUGGCUUGACAGGUUGUUCGGUGCAGGAAUUUGAACUGACCUGGCAACGCUGGCAGGACGAAUGCUAUCGCAGACUUGAGGAUGGGGAAUUCAUCACAUACAAGGAACUAGAGACAGUUGCCAAGAUUCUGUGCGGGGACGAGGGAGUGUUCGUCGACAUGAAGGACCAGUGCGAGACGUGGUACCACAUGCUCAUCAGCAGGUUACUCUACACGAAUCCAGCCGUCAAGGGUCUGGAGCUGCAGUAUCACACGCAGGCAUGCAUCGACGCCUACGGCGGCAACUUGCAGCUAGGCGCCGUCGACCACAUCCUGCUCAGCGCCAUCGAGUACGACGUCUACCAGGUCAUCAGCGACAGCAGCACGCACCUGAGCUGGUGGUUCGCGGCCCACCUCACCGACCUGCUGCGUGCGGCGGGACAGCUGGACGACGCGGCGGCGCGCCCUGCCCAGGGCGGCGCUGCCGGAGCGUGUGACGGCGAUCUCCGCGAGUCGCUGCUUCUCGACUACGCCGCGAGCCUGACUGCGCACCCCAGCCUCUGGCGCGUUGCCGCCGACUACUUCGACCACUGUCCGCAGUACGGCAGGCACUACCUGGAAAGAUACUUGGAGCGGAUUCCGCUAGAAACGGAACGGAAGGCGCAGAAGGUCAUUCGGAUGUGUGAGGAGAGAGAGAUGACAGAACUCGCGUCCAGCAUUUGCAAAGUCAUGGGCAUGAGAGCUUUUCACGAAGGCCAGUUGGGGUCAGCACUGUCGUGGUGUUUGCGUUCUAAAGACGCCAGUUUUGCUGCGUUUAUCUCCGACAAGUUUCUCUCGGGGCACAUGGAGCGGGGCGACCUCUCGCACCUCGACAUGCUGGACAAUCUCGGACCGAGCACGCUCUUCAGCAGCAGCCUCACGUUCCUAGGAAAGUACCGGGAGUUCCACCGACUGUACGAGAGCAACGACAUGAAGGGGGCCGCAUCGCUGCUGCUGUCCCUCCUGACCUGCAGGCUGGCGCCGAGAAAGUUCUGGCUGAACCUACUAGUUGAUGUUGUGCCUCUCCUGGAGAUGGAGCCACUGCUGUUCUCUAGCAACGACACGUACGAACUGCUGCACUUACUAGAGGACGUGCAAACUGCACAGCGACUGCAGAUAGAGGGCAGCACCAGGCGGGGCAUCGAGUCUGAUAGCAAAGCAGAGACUCGUCGCAAGGGCGCGUCGUCUAAUGUAGAGAAGGAGAAGCUGGAUCUACUUAGACUGGCGCUGGCAAAGAAUCUAGCGAGGUCGUUCAUCGUAGAGGGCUCUCUAGCUCACUAGCUGCAGCAUCGUCAAGUUUGUACAGCGUGACCCCCCUCUCUGCCUCCCGACUUCCCCCUCACCUCUCGACCCCUCGUCGUCUUUCUCAGUGACUGCUUGUUCCAUUUCCCGAGAUCGAUUCUUUUAUUUUUUAACGUCAGGCGAGGGUUCGUGCGGUCACCGCGGCGGUUCGUCACCGUGACGAUGACGUCCUGGAUGAGAGGCGACCGGAAAUUGAUAGCAAGCAUCCAUCUUGAGCCGGUAGUGAUUGCACACCUGUCGUCUGUGUUAACCCUGUCACUACUGACCGCACCUCUCUCACCAGAUGUGCGUCGUUGUGCAGACAAUACUAUUGCUAUUUUGCGCCGGGAAACGAGUCUGAAGGGAAUUCAAUAUGUUCCGUUAUUCUCUCUUCUUUGUCCGAAGGAUGGUAAUUUAUUGGAUGUCGGUGGCUCCGUGAUCCUUAUAGGGUCACUAAAUUAUGUCUGUGAGCUACGAAUUCACGAUGUAAUGGGGGGUUUCGUUGUUAUUUGCCAUGCACGACUGCCAGCGGAAGUAUUUCGUGAGAGGUGCAGUUGUAUAGUAAGUAAUAAAUGUAUUUUAUAUGAA